UGAGACGGUUGCGCGGGAGCUGCUCGACAGGCGUUCUGCGAAUUACUCUACUCGCCCCGUUAUUCGCACCAACGAAUUAGCCGGAGUCGAUUUCAAUACUGUGCUCCUACCAUAUGGCGAGACUUUGCGUAUCCCAACAACUUUUGAACGAGCCCUUUAACGAAGUGAAGGCACAGCUAGCAAAUGGAACUGCUUCACACUCAUUGGUCGCUGACUUUAUAAGUCAAGCUCACGACGACGCUGAUGAAGACACCAUGAAGGCUGUUGCGCUGACGGGGUACGCAGUUGGCAUGGACACUACCGCAUCCACAUUGCAGACAUUCUUGCUGAUUAUGGUGCUCUACCCCGACAUUCAAGCCCACGCUCGUGCAGAGAUUGACCGAGUUGUGAGACAUGAUAAAAUGCCGUGCCUUGAUGACAGGGCGUCAAUGCCCUACCUUGAUGCCAUCCUCCGCGAGGUCCCGAGAUGGUAUCCUGUCGCUCCCCUAGGAAUUCCACAUGCGACAUCAAAUGAUGAUGUUUACGACGGGUACUUCAUACCCAAAGGUGCGAUGGUAAUGGUUAAUCAGUGGGCACUCUCUCGGGAUGAAGAUGUAUUUCCCGAUGCAUCGCGCUUCGAUCCUAGUCGCCAUCUGACAGUUGACGGGAAGCUGAAGGACUCUUUCGUCAACCAUUUUGCCUUUGGCCAUGGCAGGCGUAUUUGUCCUGGUCGUUGGUUCGCAGAGAAUAGUCUGUGGACCGCAGCUGCUACCAUACUCGCUGUCUUACGCAUCAGUCAUGCUAAAGACUCGAACGGAGACAGGAUUGAGGUGAAGCCGGAGUUCACUACCGGUUUGGCGGUUCGCCCUGAACCAUUUCAUUGCUCGUUUGAAAGCAUGAACACAGCGAGAGAAAGACGCCUCCGAGCAAUGAUGGAUUCGAAGUAGUCUUCGUUUGUACUUUAGGUGCUGUGUCAUGUAAUAGUACCACGGCGUAGAGUGCAAGUGCUGGAUGGCA